UUGUUUCAGGAAUGCAGUAAAAAACAGAAAAAUGAUGACACACAAAGUACAUCUAUUGAUGCGUUGAGUUCAAAUGAUGGUUUUGAAGAGAAAAAUGAGUUUGAUAUAUUGGCUAAUGCUAAAGUAUUGCUUAGCGACUGCCUAGCCUGUGACAGCUGCAUGACAUCGGAAGAAGGAGCCAGAGUUUUCCAACAGAAUCAGAAGGAGCUUUUUCGUAUUCUUAACCUUAAUAAGAAAUGUGAUACCUCAAAACACAAAGUGUUGGCAGUGUCUAUAUGCCCUCAGUCAUUGCCUUAUUUUGCUGCUAAAUUCAAUCUCUCCGUGAAUGAUGCAGCCAAGAGACUCUGUGGUUUCCUCAAAAGUCUUGGGGUGCAUUAUGUCUUUGACACCACUAUAGCUGCUGAUUUCAGUAUCUUGGAGAGCCAGAGGGAGUUUGUGCAGCGGUAUCAGCGGAGGAACCAGGAGGAGCAUGCCUUACCAAUGUUUGCCUCUGCUUGCCCUGGUUGGAUCCGGUACGCUGAAAGGGUACUCACCAAUCUUGUGACCCCUCACAUUUGCACUGCAAAGUCUCCGCAGCAGAUCAUGGGCUCCCUGGUGAAGGGUUACUUUGCCAGACAGAAGAACUUGUCUCCUGAUAAAAUUUUCCAUGUAAUUGUGGCGCCUUGUUAUGACAAAAAACUGGAAGCCUUGCGGGAAGAUUUCUACACCGCCUUGUAUAAUUCACAAGAAGUUGAUUGUGUUCUGACAUCAGGUGAAAUUGUCCAAAUAAUGGAACAGAAAAAUGUGUCCAUGAAAGAUGUGACUGAAGUAGCUGUAGAUAGUUUGUUUGAUGAAAUAAAGGAGGGAGAUGUUGUAAGGCAUGAUGGGAAGAGAUCUGAUGGGUACCUGGAGCACAUCUUUAAACAUGCUGCAAAGGAGCUUUUUGGCAUGGAUGUCAAGGAAAUCACCUACAAAGCAUUAAAGAACAAGGACUUUCAGGAAGUUACCCUGGAAAAGGAUGGUGAGACAGUGCUGCGUUUUGCAGCAGCUUAUGGCUUUAGAAAUAUCCAAAACAUGGUUCUGAAGAUGAAAAAAGGAAAGUUUUUAUACCACUUUGUAGAAGUCCUUGCCUGCCCUGGAGGGUGCCUGAAUGGGAAAGGUCAGGCACAAACUGAAGAUGGAAAACCAGACAAAGCACUGCUUAACCAGAUGGAAGAAGUAUAUGCUGCAAUACCCGUGAGACUUCCGGAAAGCAACGUACACGUGCAAAAGAUGUACCAGGACUGGCUGGAGGGCAUGGACUCAAAGAAGGUCCAGGAAACUUUGCACACCAAAUACAGUGCAGGAAAUCAGACAGCAAGCAAUUUGGAUAUCAAAUGGUAAUAAAUCAAACGUGCAAAAGAUUUGCUUAGGUUAGUUAGAGGUUCAGCACUGGAAACAUUCUAUG